GUUUCCCUUCCGCUCAAGCGCCCAAGGAAACUGGUAUACUCUCUCUCUCUCUCCCUGGGGCUCGCUCCUGAUGAAUGGAGCAUGGACGUAUUCUGUAAGGUCAGUCCUCUUAAAAUCAACCAAACUUGCGAUUCCGACUUACCUUACAAAGCUAUCUUGGGCAUCUUUCUUUGUCGUAAAUUAUGUACUGAAAGCAACUUUCUCUUCUUUUGCUUCUGCUUCUUCUUCUUCUUCUUCUUCUUCUCCUCUCCAAACCAUUGGAGAUCAUCAAACCAAAUCGCUCACGAAUCCAUUUUACCAUUUUCUCCCUCACAAUCACAAUCCCAACAACCUAGUCAGCAUCAUCUGCUCAAACCUCAAACAACACAAUUCCCAGCUUAGCCUUCUUCGCAGAGAUAUAGAGGGUCUUCUUCCUCAUCUGGGUCCGCCUGAAAUUUCUAGGGUUUUGUUGAGGUGCCAAUCUGAUCACUCCUCAGCUUUGGCUUUCUUCAGUUGGGUAAAAAAUGAUUUGGGUCUCAGGCACACCACCCGGAACUACUGCAUCGUUGUUCAUAUCUUGACUUGGUCUCGGAAGUUAUCCGAAGCAAUGAAAUUGUUGUCUGAAUUGAUAGAAUUAGUUCAAGAUGCUUCCCCUAGUGAAGAUAUUUUCCAAGUUUUGGUUUUGUGUUCUGAAGAGUGUAAUUGGGAUCCAGUUGUCUUUGAUAUGCUUAUUAAGGCUUAUGUUAAGGAGGGCAUGGUUGGAGAAGGUUUGCGAGCUUUUAGGAGGAUGGUCGAGCUUGGGUUUGCCCCCAAUGUUGUUGCCUUUAAUCGAAUUUUGAAUGGGCUGUUGAAAUUGAACUGUAUUCAUCUGUGUUGGGAAGUUUACGAAAAAAUGGGUAAAGUUGGGAUUACCCCUAAUACUCACACAUUUAAUAUCUUGACUCAUGCUUUCUGCAAAAAUGGAGGUGUGGAUAAAAUGAAUGAAUUUUUGGAGAAGAUGGAAGAAGAAGGAUUUGAGCCUGAUGUGGUGACAUACAAUACACUGAUUAAUAGCUUUUGUAGAAAAGGAAGGUUGGAUGAUGCAUUUUAUUUAUAUAAGAUCAUGUACAGAAGGGGUGUGGCACCGGACCUGGUGACCUAUACGUCAUUAAUGAAUGGCCUUUGUAAGGAAGGGAAGGUGAGAGAGGCUCAUCAGUUCUUCCAUCAAAUGGUUCACAGAGGGUUUAGUCCAGAUAUUUUGUGUUACAACACACUUAUUUUUGGGUACUGUGAAGAAGGAAAUGUGCAAGAAUCAAGGUCAUUGUGUCAUCACAUGAUACAAAAUGGGAUUUUGCCCGACUAUUUCACUUGUCGGGUGCUUGUAGAAGCAUAUGCCAAGGAGGGUAGAUUGCUUUCAUCUUUGAAUUUCAUUGUGGAACUCAGGAGAUUUGGAGUUUCAAUCUCUCGGGAUAUUUAUGAUUAUUUAAUAGUUGCUCUCUGUCAAGAGAAUCGGCCAUUUGCUGCCAGGAAUCUUCUGCGAAGAAUGUCUGAAGAUUGCUAUGAACCUACGGAGGAGAACUAUAAUGGAUUGAUAGAAUCUCUCUGUAAAUGCGAUUUUGUGCCAGAUGCGUUACUCUUGAAAGCUGAGAUGGCCGCUAAGAAUAUAAAUCCCAGUUUAUUUGUAUAUAGAGCUCUUAUAAGUUGCUUGUGUAGAUUAAGUAGAAGUAUGGAGGGUGAAUUUUUUAUGCGAGAAAUGGUUGAAUCUGGUAUGCUUCCUGACUUGGAAAUUUGCAGGGCUUUGAUUAAUGGUUACUGCCAAGAACGGAAUAUUGAUAAAGCAGAAUCAUUGUUGAUAUUCUUUGCUCAUGAAUUUCAAAUUUAUGAUACUGAAAGUUACAAUAUACUUGUUGGGUUUUUCUGUGAGGAGGGUGAUAUAGCUAAAUCGAUGGAGCUGCAGGAUAGAAUGUUGAAAGUGGGCUUUGUGCCAAAUAGCCUAACAUGCAGGAAUAUGAUUAAUGGAUUAUGGAACACAAUAAGAAUGGAGAAGCAUUAGCCCCUUGAGGAAUGAUGAUAUGUAGGAGGUACAUGAGAGACAUUUAUGGGGGAAUACUGUGUGUUGGCAGCUGUUCACACUCUGGGAUGGCUAGUGCCUGCUUGUUGCUUCUUGGGCCUGAUCUGAGUUGGAGUUCAGAAUUGCAGGAUAUGGAUUGCCUGCCUGUGAACUUAUGAGAGAAGAUAAGGACUUCAGGUUGGCAAAGACAAGAGGGACAAGGAAUCUGUAGGAGAUGUGUUAUAAAAAAUUGCUCAGCGACCAUAUGUUUAUAACCUCUACUCUAAUGCACGUUGGAGCAUGGUCAAUGGCAAGUUUAGUCAUCCCCAAUGUUGUCUGCCCUAAAAUUCUUCUCAUAGCAAGAGCACAGGGACAUCAUUUUUUUUUUUUUUUUUUUCUUUUUGCUUUUUGUUUUCUAUCCUCUGAUCUCUAGUCAAGUCUUCAGGGUCUAAUCCUAUUCAGAAAAUUUUUUUGGGUUUGGAGGGGGUCUCUCUCAGUGUCUGGAUGAAGCUUGUCUGGACCACUAUUAAAUACAUAUCAAACAUUCAAAUUUC